AUGCCAUCUAAUGCCCGGGUUGGCAGUCUGAAGGACCCUGAAGUGGCUGAGCUGUUUUUCAAGGAUGACCCUGAGAAGCUCUUUGUUGACCUGCGGGAGAUUGGUCAUGGCAGUUUUGGAGCUGUCUACUUUGCCCGAGACAUACGCAACAAUGAAGUGGUGGCUAUUAAGAAGAUGUCCUACAGUGGGAAGCAGUCUAAUGAGAAAUGGCAGGACAUAAUCAAGGAGGUAAAAUUUUUGCAAAAGCUGCGACACCCAAACACAAUUGAAUACAAGGGCUGCUACUUACGGGAACAUACAGCAUGGCUGGUGAUGGAAUACUGCCUAGGCUCAGCCUCAGAUUUGCUGGAAGUGCACAAGAAACCACUGCAGGAAGUAGAGAUUGCAGCUAUAACGCAUGGUGCUCUGCAGGGACUUGCCUACCUGCAUUCACACAAUAUGAUUCACAGGGAUGUCAAAGCUGGGAAUAUCCUUCUGACUGAAUCAGGACAAGUGAAGCUGGGGGAUUUUGGCUCAGCUUCUAUCAUUGCUCCUGCUAACUCCUUUGUUGGCACCCCAUACUGGAUGGCUCCUGAGGUAAUUCUAGCCAUGGAUGAGGGGCAGUAUGAUGGCAAGGUGGAUGUCUGGUCACUUGGCAUCACUUGCAUUGAACUUGCGGAGCGCAAACCACCCCUCUUUAACAUGAAUGCUAUGAGUGCCUUAUACCACAUCGCCCAGAAUGAUUCACCACUGCUGCAAUCUAGUCACUGGUCUGAAUAUUUCCGAAAUUUUGUGGAUUCAUGCCUGCAGAAGAUUCCCCAGGACCGUCCAACCUCUGAUGUGCUGCUUAAGCAUUGCUUUCUCUUGAGGGAGCGACCCCAGACGGUGAUCAUGGACUUGAUUCAGAGGACCAAGGAUGCAGUGAGGGAGCUUGACAAUCUGCAGUACCGCAAGAUGAAGAAAAUCCUCUUCCAGGAGGCUCAGAAUGGUCCAAAUGCAGAGGCACCAGAAGAGGAAGAGGAAGUAGAGCAGUUUCUUCACCAGACAGGAACCAUCAAUAGCAUGGAGAGCAGCCACUCAGUACCCAGUAUGUCUAUUAGUGCCAGCAGUCAGAGCAGCAGCGUUAACAGCCUGGCUGAUGCCUCAGAUGAUGAUGACGGGGCUGAGAUUGCCAUGAUGCAGGAAGGCGAGCAUACCGUCACCUCCAAUAGCUCCGUCAUCCACCGUCUGCCGGGCCAUGACAAUCUGUAUGAUGAUCCCUACCAGCCAGAAAUGGAGCCCCAGAGCUCAUCGUCAGCUGCCCGACGUCGUGCCUACUGCCGUAACCGAGAUCACUUUGCCACCAUUCGUACGGCUUCUCUGGUGACUCGCCAAAUCCAGGAGCAUGAACAAGACUCAGCACUGCGGGAUCAGAUGAGUGGCUACAAACGGAUGCGACGUCAACAUCAGAAACAGCUUCUGGCUUUGGAGAACAAACUGCAGGCUGAACUGGAUGAGCACCAGCUGCGCCUUGACAAAGAGCUUGAGGCCCACCGCAACAACUUCUCAGCUGAGGCUGAAAAACUGGCCAAGAAGCAUCAGGCUAUUUUUGAGAAAGAGGCAAAAGCUGCCCUAGCUGAAGAGAAGAAAUUUCAGCAACAUAUCUUGGGUCAACAGAAGAAGGAGUUGGGCAACUUACUUGAAUCACAGAAGCGCCAAUAUAAGUUACGGAAGGAGCAGCUGAAAGAGGAGCUGCAGGAGAAUCAGAGCACACCCAAGCGGGAAAAGCAGGAAUGGUUGCUGAGACAAAAAGAAAACAUGCAACAUUAUCAGGCUGAGGAAGAGGCCAACCUUUUGCGGCGCCAGCGGCAGUACUUUGAGCUACAAUGCCGCCAGUACAAACGCAAGAUGCUGCUGGCACGCCAUAACUUGGACCAAGACUUACUACGGGAGGAACUGAACAAGAAACAAACACAGAAGGAUCUGGAGUGUGCCAUGUUGCUGCGCCAGCAUGAGUCCACCCAGGAGUUGGAAUUUCGUCACCUUCAUACUGUCCAGCGUACCCGCACAGAGCUUACCCGUCUGCAACACCAAACUGAGCUGUCAAACCAGCUGGAAUACAAUAAACGCCGUGAACAGGAACUGCGCCAGAAGCAUGCCAUGGAGGUCCGGCAGCAGCCUAAAAGCCUCAAAUCCAAAGAACUGCAAAUUAAAAAGCAGUUUCAGGACACCUGUAAGAUCCAGACGCGGCAGUAUAAGGCCCUUCGCAACCAUCUCUUGGAGACCACACCAAAGAGCGAGCACAAGGGGAUCCUCAAGCGUCUGAAGGAUGAACAGACCCGCAAGCUGGCCAUCUUAGCUGAGCAGUACGACCACAGCAUCAAUGAAAUGCUCUCCACCCAGGCCCUGCGUUUGGAUGAAACUCAAGAGGCAGAAUACCAAGUCUUAAGGAUGCAGCUGCAGCAGGAGCUCGAGCUGCUGAACGCUUAUCAGAGCAAAAUCAAGAUCCACACCGAGGCCCAUCAUGAACGUGAGAUCAAGGAGCUGGAGCAGCGGGUGUCUAUCCGCAGGGCCCUCUUAGAGCAAAGAAUCGAAGAAGAGAUGUUGGCCUUGCAGAAUGAACGCUCUGAUCGCAUCCGCAACCUCUUGGAGCGCCAGGCCCGGGAGAUCGAAGCCUUCGACUCUGAAAGUAUGCGUCUGGGAUUCAGCAAUAUGGCACUCACAGGCAUUCCAGCUGAAGCCUUCAACCAAGGCUACACGGCCCCUCCUCAGCCCUGGCCCUCCCGCCCAGUUCCCCGUAGCGGCUCCCAUUGGAGCCAUGGAGUUCAGAAUACAGCUGGUGCUCCUCACGCAUGGAGGCAGCCUCCCAUGCUUGCCCCAAACCCUUCAGCCUGGCUUCAUCCCCCUUCCUCAUCUCCCUCCUCCUCUUCCUCCUCCUCCUCAGCUCCUAGUGGCCGCUCCAAUGUGGUCAUGCUGAGAAACAGCCCCCAACCACUGCGGCGCACAGCUUCUGGUGGCCAGUCAGACCAGGGCAUCAGCCGUUCAGCCAGCGUCACUUCUCACGUCCUCAACGGGUCACAUUUUUCCUACUCGUGAAGUGAUUGGUAGAGAACCGGGAGACUUGGCUGGAGGGAAAUGGGGGAUUGGCUGGUGAAAAAGGGAGGGAGGCGGGGCAUGUUAUCCAGUGGUCGAUAAGUUAAAACAAAAAACAAAAAUGGGAGAUGCUGUGAAACUGUACCACAGUGGAAGGCUCUCAGUCAUCGUCAGUAGCCUUUGAGUUGUCAAUCACCAGGAGAAGGUUGGACUGUGAGAUGGAAGGUUGAAUUCUCGUCCUCUGGAGCAUAGCUGGUGCCUCCUCAGAUUGUGGUUUCCUAUCCCCCGCCAAAUGGAUAGACAUCGAAGCUGCAAACAUGAUGUUGGCAGUCUAUUCUUGUGUCCCUGACUGCUGUUGGUUGCUCCCCCAGCGUCUCCACAAUCUGUAGAUGAAGACAGACCAAGAAUAGUGUUCCAGCAAUGGAGAUAAAGUUAUCUCUUCAGGGUGUGGCUAAAUAGUCUCUUCUCUUGAGAAGAGAGGGGAAAAAAGAAAAGAAAAAUACUCCCACAAUACAACAAAUCCAGAAUUUUUAAUUGUGCAAUGUGUCUUGUUUGUGGGUGUAAUUGGAGUUGCUGCAGCCAGAAACCCUGCUUCUUCCUCUCCAAGGCCAGGGGUCCCUUGAAGUCAGCUUGGCUAGUGAGAGGAACAAACAGGCCUUUGAACUGGAGAAAAUCAUGGGUUUGCAUUGGUGGUGGGGUUAAUCUGCAUGCUUAGAAAUUUUCAGAGUGACAGUGAAGAACUUUUCAUCCUGGGCCUAGACACUGGCUUAUAUUCCUGCCCAAAUUCACAGACAAGAGGAGAUGACAGAAUUUAAUCUGCUUUCUGUGUACCUUCCUUAACUUACUCUAGCCCAAGGACGGGAGAGGGAAGUGUAUAGGACAGGCUACUCUGGGCUCUUAAUCUGCAUUGCCUUCUCUUUCUCAAUCAAGGGCCUACUCCAGCUCUAGAGACUGUCUUGGCAUCAUGCUGGUCCCACAUGAUGGGGAGAAUAAAUGGGUUUUCAACUCUUUUUAUCCUGAUCAUGAUCCAAAUGUAGACAUUAAUCAGUGCCCUCCCUCCACAACCCCAAUGUCUGUUUUGAGAUGUGGCCCAAAGACCACCCUAGUCGGGAUCAUCUGUUAACAGUCAACCCUUAAGCUUAUAAACAUUGUCUUUCUUCCCUCUCUCCCCCCUCUCUUAUGAAAGAAGCAUCCAACA